UUUACAUACUGUCUCGGGCCCAUUGUCGCGGAUCAUUAGAACUGGUUGAAGCUGAGGACCUACAACAUGUUGGCGAUGGCUGUCACCUCGUACAGAUGGGCACUAUUCUUCGUGACGCUGCUGCACACGGGCUCAGGGUACGCUCCCUACCGAGAUAAAAUACCCAACGGUCACAAUGUCCCCAGCCCCUGCAAGCCCGGGGAGACGUGGGCAGGGGUGGGGCACAAGCUGAUGGCAGGGGGCGGGGUCAGGAACACCUUCGGACAGGAUUUUGCAGACAGUGGCAGGGAAUGGACAAGAGCGUUGUGUGAGAAAGAUUCGGACAGUGACGGAUUGACCAAUGGUCAGGAACUGGGCGACCCCAACUGUACCUGGUCUCAGGGAAUGACAAACCCCACCGGUUCAACGCUAUCCCACCCAGGUGUGUGUGACCCCUGGAACGACCCCAAGUGUCUGGCCAGAGACGAGAGUUGGGUACUGACGGCCUGUCAGUCUUCGGACUUCACCUGCAACGGCAUCAAUGACGUCAACGUGCGAAACAUGGAUUUGAAGAUACCCAGGACUGCCGUACCACCAGCUGAAACAACCUACAUGUGUCAAAUUUUCUCCAUCCCCAACGACACCGACUACCACAUCAUUGCCAGCAAGCCCAUCAUCGACAACGUCAACAUCAUGCACCACGCCGUCAUCUUCGGCUGCACUGAAGACGAACCUGAAUCCCUUGCCCCCUUUGCUUGCGGCAUGCUUCCUGGUGGGAGCUGUCGGGCCGUCACAAGUAUCUGGACACUGGGCAGUUCAGGUGACUGCAUACACGAGUCGGUGGGAUUCAGGAUGGGGGUACACGGCUUCAAGAGGUUAGCUGUUCAGCUGCAUUGGAACAAUCCCGAAAAGAGGAGUGACUAUUUCGACCAAUCAGGAAUGACGAUCUACUUCACCCCGGUCCUGCGAACUUAUGAUGCAGGUAUCCUGACAACUGGUCAAGAGAACCUGCUGAUCCCACCUGGAGAGCCUAGUGUGAAGACCCUGGCCAGAAUCCCCGGUGCAUGUACCAACCGUUCCUUCACAGGGACAAUCUAUGUAACAGCAACCCUGAACCACAUGCAUUACCUGGGAAUCUCCCAAUCUCUGGAGCUGUACAGGAAUGGCGUCAAAGUCCGAGAUGUUGCAAGUGACCCUAAAUAUAACUAUGACAAUCCAUUAUUUCACAAAUUCAGUGACCCCAUUGAGAUCCGACCUGGUGACGAGCUGAGGACGCAUUGUGAGUUCGCAUCCUCCAAGAAGUCUACGACAACAAUGUUCGGUGCUGCGACGUCCGACGAGAUGUGCUACAGUUUCAUCACCUACUACCCUCAACAGAACUCCAACAGACCAUUCCUCACCAACUUCAAGAGUAUUCCGUACUGCAUGCUUGGCAUUGAGGACACGUACGAAGGUUGUGCUUGGAAGACGAUUUUAACCGACCCCGAAUUAUUGCAGCUGUAUGGCCUUGUGGACACCAAUUGCAACUUGUUUGAGAAGUGUUCGCCGGCAUGUUACAACGCCAUUCAGACAACAAAGCAGCACAAAUGUUUCCAGGGCGAUAUACGGAAAUAUAACAUCUAUAAACUGUUAAGGAUCACGGACACGGUCACGUUUCUCAUGAAGUUACGGUCGUGUGAGUGUGAAGACGUUGCACCCUCCUCAGCACCCCCUACAGCCCCCGACGCAGUCUCCAAGCCUGACAACAGCACCUGUGACUGGGCAGGCUUAUAUGUUCCAUCGGUUGGAAACCCACUCGACACCAUCUUCAUCAACGUCACUGGCAGUUGUGCUGCUACGGGCGACUGUCUCCAGGAGUGCGUGCCUGCUGUCAGGGCUGCGAGGGAACAUCCGUGCUUCCAGGGAGCGGAGUGGGAACACGGACGGCGCUACCUCUAUGAAAGAUCAAACUACAAGACUCUGGAGUUUCUCUUGGACUUUGAAUCCUGUAAUUGCGAGUUGGGGAUCGCUGCUACACCUGCUACAACACCUACUACUGAACCUGCUACUACACCUACUACUGAACCUGCAACUUCACCUACUACUGAAUCUGAUACGAAACCUACAACGGGUGCAUUUUCAUUUCAGUAUAGUUAUCAUCACUUUGUUCUGAUAACAAUCAUAUCCGUCUUCUGUGUUCUUGCUUCGUGAAGAGAUACGAUGAACCAACUCGAUAUACCUGUACAGAGAUCCGGUGACUAAACAAAUGAGGUUAUCUAUCCAGAUCUCUUUCCGAUGCCAUGCCUUCUAUUUCCUAUUUCAUGACAUUCUCCAAAUGCUGGUUGUUUACGUAAACAAGCGUUGCUUCACAUUAACUGUGUAAUACACAUAAUGACGUGCAUACAUCGUGUUUUAUAUAUUACUAUAACGUUGUAACCACCCUCUUGUCAACUGCUGUUGUUACUGUAACUUCUUUCUCCUACCACUACAACUACUGCUACUGUUACAACUACUACUACCCCUACUGCUGCUGCUGUUACUACAUAUUCUACUCCAACUGCUACAGUUACUACAACUUCUACACUUCUUCCUCCCACCACUACAGAUACUAUUGCCACAACUACUCCUACUACUCCUACUGCUGCUGCUGUUACUACAUAUUCUUCUCAAACUGCUACUGUUACUACAACUACCACUAUUCUUCCUCCCACCCCUACAACUACUAUUGCCACAACUACUCCUACUACUCCUACUGCUGCUGCUGCUGUUACUACAUAUUCUUCUCAAACUGCUACUGUUACUACAACUACUACUAUUCUUCCUCCCACCACUACAAAUACUAUUGCUACAACUACUCCUACUGCUACUGUUACUACAACUUCUACUGCUGCUGCUGCUGCUGUUACUACAUAUUCUUCUCAAACUGCUACUGUUACUACAACUACUACUAUUCUUCCUCCCACCACUACAAAUACUAUUGCUACAACUACUCCUACUGCUACUGUUACUACAACUUCUACUGCUGCUGCUGCUGCUGUUACUACAUAUUCUUCUCAAACUGCUACUGGUACUACAACUACUCCAGCCACUACUCCAAAUGCUAUAAGUUUUACUCCUCUUUCUCGUCCUAUUACUACUAAGUCUACUAUUUCUGCGACUACAACAUCUCCUACUACUACGGGUACAACAACAACUACUACCACCUCUACUAUUAUAUUUUGUAAUAAACAUAAUGACUUACA